AUGGCUUGUGUCACUUUUGAAGAGCGAGGGACGCCCAACAGCGAGGACUACCGAAUCUACUAUCGGAACGCGGACGGUCCGAUCUCGCCGUUCCAUGACAUCCCGCUGUACGCCGACGCCGAGAAGAAGGUGUUCAACAUGGUGGUGGAGGUGCCGCGCUGGACCAACGCCAAAAUGGAGACGCGGCGCAGGGCCGAGGCAGUCGCCACCGGCGAGCGGCUGAACCCCAUCAAGCAGGACACCAAGAAGGGCAAGCUGCGCUACGUGGCCAAUGUGUUCCCGCACCACGGCUACAUCUGGAACUACGGCGCCCUGCCUCAGACCUGGGAGAACCCACACGUCGCGGACGAGUCGACCGGCUUCAUGGGCGACAAUGACCCCAUCGACGUCUGCGAGCUGGGCAAGCAAGGUGAGGCGCCUCACGCGGCCGGCGGGUGCACCGCCGCGGUGUGCCGGCGGGGUGAGGUGCUCCAGGUGAAGGUGCUGGGAGUGCUGGCCCUGAUCGACGAGGGCGAGACGGACUGGAAGCUCCUCGCCAUCAACGUGGAUGACCCGCUGGCCGAACAGCUGAACGACGUGGCCGACGUGGAGAAGCUGAUGCCCGGCUACCUGAGCGCCACCGUCGAGUGGCUCCGGCUGUACAAGGUGCCCGACGGCAAGCCGGAGAACAAGUUCGCCUUCAACGGCGAGGCCAAGGACCGCGAGUUCGCUCACUGCGUGAUCUCGGACACUGCCGACCAGUGGCGGGAGCUGGUCACGGGCAAGGCGGACGCCGGCGGCCUGGACAUGUGA